CAGUUCACGAUGCAGUUGUCAGCAAUCGCGAUGAGAUAAACUCGUUCAAAUAAUCUCUUUUAAAAGUCAAAACUUUGACUUUCGAUUCUCAGUGGCUGAAAGAUCUUUUGAAUUAAGAUUCUAACAACUUCAAUUAUGUUGUGUGAGAUUCCUGAGUUUGGCAGAUGUUGUUUUUGUCUUCCUCUGAGAAGAGGUAUACUUACUUUUGGAUAUGUAAACAGUCUUAUAUCUGCAUUUAUGAUCGGGGUGUACAGCUAUACUGUCUACCACGGCUACGGACUCUCUCUGGUCUUCCACGGAGCUACUUCCAUCCUCGAAGAUGAAAUGUGCCUCGUUCUUUACAUAUUCGAUUUUAUAUUCAGUGUUGUAUUAGUCUAUGGAGCUCACAAGAGUCACAUACCCUCAUUGAAGACCUUCAAAUAUUACGCAAUAACCACAGUUGUAACCAUGUUCAUACUAGAACUGCUGAACUUUACUUCAGCAAGCUCCUCCUUCAUGUGGGUAUUAGAUUUGAGUGGACUUUUCUUUGCAGGAUUAUGUUUACACGUUUACUUGAUUCUACUUGUGCGAAGUUUUCUCAAAAAACUGGAGACACCAGCUGUGAGCUAUGAGAACCAACUCUACCAGUUUGUGAACCAUGAGAUAAAGGACAAUGUCGUAUGCUCAAGUAUAGUUGUUCCUAAUGUGUUUGGAUAAUUCUCUAGAUUUGGUUUCUUAAUAAAAAAUAAUUAAAACGAAGUA